GAUAUGUGCAGCUGGAUUCAAAUGAAGAACGACAACUUCGACUGGACGCGACAGCAGGGAUCCACAUCGUCAAGUGGGACGGGGCCCCAGAGUGAUCACACAACAGGCAAGGGGUACUACCUCUACACAGAGGUGAGUGGAAAGACGGCCAACAAGACUGCCAGAAUUCAGAGCAAGACCAUCACCCCUCGCAUGGUGACCCAGUGUCUGUCUUUCUGGUACCACAUGCACGGCGACCACAUCGGCACACUCAACGCUUACAUCAAGUCCACCCCCACCAUCGGUAGCCCAGUGUGGACCAAGACAGGAGCCCAGGGAUUGAACUGGAACCAAGCACAGAUCACCGUAUCCAGAGGGCACACGCCAUAUUCAGUUGUCAUUGAAGCUGUGACUGCUAACGGGUAUAGGGGAGACAUUGCUAUUGAUGACGUGGGUUUGGCAGAUGGAGCAUGUACAGGAGCAACUGGACCGACUGUCCACACCACUGUCCACCCAGGUCAGGUCGUCAGGAAAUGUGACUUUGAAGAUAAGGCAAUCUGUGGCUACACCCAGGACAAGACGGACACCUUUGACUGGACGUGGACGGCACAUACAACGACCAGCUACGGCACAGGACCUAGCAAUGACCAUACAUAUGGAACAACAAGUGGGCAUUAUCUGUUCACUGAAGCAUCUUCCCGUAGACAGGGAGACAAAGCACGCAUCUUGACGCCGGUCUAUCAUGACAGCCAGGCAAUGUGCGCCCAGUUCUACUACCACAUGUACGGGGCUACAAUGGGAACUUUCAACGUCUAUGCUGAGGUCGGAAAUAGCACAGGUCGACCAUUAUUUUCACGUAAGGGUAACCAGGGCAACAAAUGGAUAGUUGGUCAGGCAACAAUCCCAACAUCCACUGCAACUUCCGCUUUAGGAUACCGGAUGAUGUUUGAAGGCGUCCGAGGCGCAAGCUACAGAUCAGAUAUAGCACUGGACGAUGUCAGUUUCACUGUGGGUGCAUGUUCAAAUCCUGGCGACUGCACAUUCGAAUCUGGUCUGUGCACUUGGAAGAACACUGCCAUUGGAGAUCAGUUUGACUGGACUGAGGACUACGGUGGGACGUCAAGUACCUCUACUGGACCUUCAGUUGACCACACCCUCGGCACGUCAAGAGGCAAGUACCUCUACAUUGAAACCUCGGCCCCACGACUGACUGGAGACAAGGCGUGGCUGGUCAGUGAAAGCUUUUCCCCUGUGACGUCCAGCGGCAGGUGCAUCAACUUCUGGUACAGCAUGUACGGGGCGACAGUCGAUACUCUCAACGUCUACAUCAGAGUGCCAGGGCGAACAGACUACAUGAUCUGGCAUCAAUCUGGUAACCAUGGCAACGGCUGGUUCAAUGGUCAGGCACCAAUCACAGAGAAGACCAAGAGUUACACCAUCGUGUUUGAAGGGAUCCGUGGCAGGAGUUAUUCUGGAGACAUCGCAUUUGACGAUAUCUCCUUCACGACGUCGAACUGUGGAAUACUUCCGACGAAUGCCACUGCUGCUCCACAGACUACGGCACGAGUAACGACACAGGCAGUGGGGAAAGGAGCGUUUCCCUGCGACUUUCAGAACGACUUUUGUGGCUGGGUUCAGAGUACUAGAGCGGACCAAUUUGACUGGACGAGGAACCACGGUGGCACGGGCUCGUAUGGUACUGGUCCCUCAUCUGACCAUACCUUUGCCAACUCCAACGGCUAUUACAUCUACAUUGAAACGUCAGGCUCAAGGAAAACUGGCGACAAGGCUCAGCUGUUCAGUCCCCAGGUCAAGGCAGGGCAGAGCUGUAUCACCUUCUGGUACAACAUGUACGGUGGCAACGUCGGGGCACUCAACGUCUACAUUCAAACAGGACCAGCCAUUCCCUCAAAUCCUACAUGGAAGAGGAGUGGCACUCAGGGCACCCACUGGAUGAAUGGGCAGAUUUCAGUCAACCUCAAGACCCCUUUUAAUGUGGUGAUAGAAGGCGUGAGAGGCAAUGGCUUUCAAGGAGAUAUCGCCAUAGAUGACGUUAACAUCGCCAAUGGCUCCUGUUCAGCAGGAACAACAGUGGGGCCCUCGUCAAAACCAACCGCUGACAAAUGCAACUUUGAGGCCAGUAACCUUUGUGGGUUCACUCAAGACCACUCUGACAAGUUCGACUGGACAAGGGCUGUGGGGUCAACCUCUUCCUCUGGCACUGGACCUGGCAGUGACCACACUUAUGGGACAAGAUUAGGUCACUACAUGUAUAUUGAGACAUCUGCUCCUAGACGACCCAAUGAUGUUGCACGACUGAAUUCCUUCAUAUUGACUGGACCCACCUCACCAACAUGCGUAACUUUCUGGUACCACAUGUAUGGAACUUCAAUCGGUACUCUGAAAGUCUAUGUCUUGAGAAAUGGUGCCAGGGGUUCUCCAGUUUGGCAUUUGUCAGGAAAUCAAGGUAACUCAUGGAACAUCGCGAAGGUCUCUCUCAAGACUGUGUCAAGCAAUACGCCUUACCAAAUUGUCUUUGAGGGCAUCGUGGGAAGAAGCUACCUGGGUGAUAUUGCGAUCGAUGAUUUCAGCGUGACAGCAGGCGCCUGUUCAACAAGUGUGAACUGCAAUUUCGAUAGUGGGCUGUGUUCGUGGCGAAAUGACAAGACCGACAAGUUUGACUGGACUCUCAACAAAGGCACGACGGGCAGUGGAGGCACUGGGCCAACAACUGACCACACCAGUGGACAUGGAAAAUAUGUCUUCAUCGAAGCCUCAGCCCCAAGGGUUUCCGGAGACAAUGCCCGACUCCUCAGUGCCAACAUCCCCGCCUCCAACACAACCUGUUUCCACUUCUACUUCCACAUGUACGGCACCACGGUUGGCACGCUGCGGUUGUACUCCCAGCAGUCAGGCUCGAACCCACUGCCAAUAUGGGAGUUGACAGGGGCCAAGGGAAAUACCUGGCAACAAGGGCAAAUUAAAAUACCACCCACCACAUCAGACUUUAAGAUCAUCGUGGAAGGUGUCCGAGGUGGCAGCUGGACAGGAGACAUUGGCUUAGAUGACGUCACUAUUGACAAUGCAGCUUCAUGCCAAAGGAUUCCCAAUGCAGCAAGACCAACCGUGACCCAGAAACCAACAACUCGAAUAACCACCACAGCCAGAUCAACGCCGAAAUCAACACCCAGCACCAAACCAACACCAAAACCUACAGGUGGCAAGAACUUUAACUGCAACUUUACCUACGACACGUGUGGUUGGACGCAGGACACGAGUGACAACUUCGACUGGGCGAGACAUAGCGGACGUACAACGUCCAGUUUGACCGGACCAUCGGGUGACCACACCACUGGAUCAAGCUUCUACAUGUACAUCGAGACGUCAAGGAAUGGUUACAAUUCUCUCGCUCGGCUUGUCAGUCCACCUCUCACCUUGACCAAUGGUCAGACAAUGUGCCUCACCUUCUGGUACAGCAUGUAUGGCCAAACUAUCAACAACCUAAAAGUCUACUACAAGCGAAGUGGCGCACUGGGGAAUGCCGUGUGGUCAAAGCACGGAACUCAGGGUCCUACAUGGAAGAAAGCUACUGUUGACAUCACGGGAGCGUCUCCACUUCAGGUGGUCUUUGAAGCCAGUCGUGGAACAUCCUACACAGGAGAUAUCGCCAUUGAUGAUAUCAGUGCAGUUGCUGGCUCCUGUUCGGGGUCUUCAGGGACGGCAACAGGAAGCAUCCCGUCCCUGCUGUCGUGUGACUUUGAACCCACAGACAGCUGCGGAUAUCAUCAAGACACUUCUGACGACUUCGGCUGGACCAAGACGACUGGGACAACGGGUUCGGUUGCCACAGGCCCCACUGCUGACCACACCUACGGGACACGUGCCGGGCACUAUUUCUACAUCGAGACGUCAGCACCCAGGAGACAGGGUCAGAAAGCUCGGCUCCUCUCCCCCACCACCCACACUGGGGGGACCAACUGUCUCACGUUCUACUACAGCAUGUACGGGUCGCAGAUCGGCCAGCUGAAUGUCUACACCAAAGUUAACUCCCUAGGGUCACCGAUCUGGACCCGGAAGUCCAACCAAGGCAACAACUGGAAUGUGGCUCAAGUUACGAUCAAACCACAGUUUGCUUUCCAGCUUGUGUUCGAAGGGGUUGUUGGAUCUGGUUACCAUGGCGAUAUUGCAAUUGAUGACGUCAAUGUCACAGCUGGAGCCUGUGUUUCUCCUGGUACGUGCAACUUUGACAAACACACAUUCUGCACAUACAAGAAUGUAAAGGACGGCACAGACGAUUUUGAUUGGUUGCUGCAACGUGGCCACACAUCCUCUGUCAACACAGGCCCCACCGUCGAUCAUAGCAUGGGCAACACGCAAGGAACAUAUGCCUACAUUGAAACAAGUGCCCCAAGGAAAGCAGGUCAGAAAGCUAGACUUUACAGUGAAACGUUUAAACCAACGGGAGCCAACACCACUUAUUGCUACUCGUUUUGGUACCACAUGCAUGGCGCAUCUGUCGGAACUCUGAAGGUCAACUACGUCACCAAUUCUACCUACCCUGGUACCACCUUGUGGCAGCUGUCUGGUAACCAAGCCAACGCAUGGUCAUUUGGGCAGUUCCCUGUUAAAUCGGUUACGGAAUUCCAUAUUAUGUUUGAAGCUACGGUCGGGAGCAGCUAUACUGGUGACAUCGCCAUAGAUCAACUUAACUUCCACCCAGGGGUAUGUGGCCUGACUCCUGGAAAAGCACGCCCCCUCGGGCAGACCACGCCGGCGUCAACCACCCCGAGGUCGACAUACCCACCUACAGCCACGUCAUUGUCUGGAACAAUUAACUGCAACUUCGAGAGCAACAUGUGUGGCUGGACACAGGCCCAUAAUGACCAGUUUGACUGGACUAGACAGAAAGGCACAACAACAUCAGGUGGUACCGGACCGGGAAAUGACCAUACCACUAGAAAGGGGUAUUACAUCUUCAUCGAGACAUCCUACCCCCGACAUAAUGGGGACAAAGCUCGCGUUGUCAGCCCUGUCGUCAACUCCCAGGGCACCAAGUGCCUGCAGUUCUACUACCACAUGUACGGCCCCCACAUCAACGCCCUCAACGUCUACACACAAGCUGGCUCCAACUUGGGCACGGCGAUCUGGACCAAAACCGGCACCCAAGGCAAUAAGUGGAUACAGGGAUCCGUGGACAUAAAUAUAAAGGGACAGUAUAAUGUCGUGUUCGAGGGGGUUCGAGGGGUCAGCUAUCUUGGGGACAUUGCCCUUGAUGACAUCACAUUCAAAGACGGCUUUUGUGAGGGAAAUGGGACAACCCCCAAGCCUGGUACCCUAUCGAAUCCUAUCGGUAAAUGUGACUUUGAGACCCCAUCAAUCUGUGGCUACACCCAGGAUAAGACUGACAGCUUCGACUGGACCAGAGCCAGCCAGACAACAUCAUCAGUUGGAACUGGACCAACUAGUGACCACACCUACGGGACAUCAAGAGGGCACUACAUGUACAUUGAGACAUCAGCUCCACGUCUUCAAGGAGACAUAGCACGUCUCGUGUCUCCCACGUACCCAGCCUCCAAUACUGACCUGUGUUUCAACUUCUACUACCACAUGUACGGUAGCCACAUCGGUACCCUCAACAUCAUGGUAGGUCAGACAGAAUCAUGUAUGGGGGCGUUCCCUGUCGGUACCCUUAACAUCAGGGUAGAUCCAGACAUCAUAACAUAUGGGGGAGUUCAGUGUUGGUACCCUCAACAUCAAGGUAGGUCAGACAGGAUCGCAUAUGGAGAGGUUCCGUGUCGGUACCCUCAACAUCAAGGUCAGACAGGAUCGCGUAUGGAGAGGUUCAGUGUCGGUACCCUCAACAUCAAGAUAGGUCAGACAGGAUCACGUAUUGAGAAGUUCCGCGUCAGUACCCUCAACAUCAAGGUAGGUCAGACAGGAUCGCGUAUGGAGAGGUUCCGUGUCGGUACCUUCAACAUUAUGGUAGGUCAGACAGGAUCGCAUAUGGAGAGGUUCCGUGUCGGUACCCUCAAGAAAAAGGUAGGUCAGACAGGAUCGCGUAUGCAGAGGUUCAGUGUCCGUACCCUCAACAUAGUGGUAGGUCAGACAGGUUCACAUAUGGAGAAGUUCCGUGUCGGUACCCUCAACAUAAUGGUAGGUCAGACAGGAUCGCGUAUGGAGAGGUUCCGUGUCAGUACCCUCAACAUCAAGGUAGGUCAGACAGGAUCUCGUAUGGAGAGGUUGCGUGUCGGUACCCUCAACAUCAAGGUGGGUCAGACAGGAUCGCGUAUGGAGAGAUUCCGUGUCGGUACCCUCAACAUUAUGGUAGGUCAGACAGGAUCGCGUAUGGAGAGCUUCAGUGUCGGUACCCUCAACAUAAUGGUAGGUCAGACAGGAUCGCGUAUGGAGAGGUUCCGUGUCAGUACCCUCAACAUUAUGGUAGGUCAGACAGGAUCGCGUAUGGAGAGGUUCCGUGUCGGUACCCCCAAGAAAAAUGCAAAUGACUUGUCACGUAGUAAUUACCAGAUCGCCUUUGAAGGCAUCCGAGGCGUCAGCUACUUAGGUGACAUCGUCAUUGAUGACAUCAGCAUCACAAGUGGCGCAUGCGCAUCCCCAGGAUCCUGCAGUUUUGAGAAGGGCUACUGUUCAUGGACGAACCUUCAAGGCCAGGAUGACUUUGACUGGACACUUAACUCUGGUCGCACGUCCAGUUUUAGCACGGGGCCAUCAUCUGACCACACUCUCGCCAACAGUGCCGGUAAAUAUGCAUUCAUUGAGACAUCAUCUCCAAGAAGAUCUGGAGAUAAAGCGUGGCUGUCAAGUUCAACAUUCACGCCAUCAUUAAAACGUUGCAUCUCCUUCUGGUACCACAUGAGCGGAAGUCAGAUCGGCACACUCAACGUGUACGUCAUCGUCGGCAACGUCAACACAACAGUGUGGUCUCUCAGUGGCAGUCAGGGCGACAAAUGGCUCAAUGGCCAGGCACCCAUAGCAUCAACGACAUCUUACAGAGUGUACUUUGAAGGAAUAUGUGGUGGCGGAUAUCGUGGAGACAUUGCCAUAGAUGACAUCUCUAUAACCCAGACAACGUGCGGAGUUGUACCUGCUGCAGCUAAUGUAAAUGGAAAUGGUACCAUCGCCCCUCUGACGUUGACGACCGCCACUCCUACACAACCAGCGACGGGCCCCUUCUUCUGCAACUUUGAUACUGGGCUGUGUAGUUGGACUCAGAUGGCUACAGACACGUUUGAUUGGUCAAGAAACAAGGGACCUACGACAUCUGUAGGAACUGGACCCCAGAGUGACCACACCAGUGGACAUGGCUUCUAUCUGUUCAUUGAGACCUCGGCUCCACGAAAGCCCAAUGAUAAAGCUCGAAUCAUCAGCCCCUCAGUAGCGCCCGGAUCCGGCACACAAUGUCUCACCUUUUGGUACUACAUGUACGGCGAUCACGUCAACGCUCUGAACGUCUACGCCAAGACUACACCUGCACUGGGAAACCUCAUCUUCACAGUCAAAGGAACCAAGGGCCCCAAGUGGAUUCAAGCAAGAAUAGACAUUCCAUCUAAAGUUCACUUCCAGGUUGUGAUAGAGGGCGUGGUCGGUCCAAGCUACAGAGGCGACAUAGCUAUCGACGACGUUAACAUCAACGAUGGACAGUGCACCCAAGCAACACCCAGCCCAGGAACAACAACAGGUCUUGACUGUAACUUCGAGAGUGCCUGUACAUACACACAGGACAAGACAACUGACAAGUUCGACUGGACCAGAAACGCGGGAAGGACCAGCUCAUUCGGCACAGGUCCUUCCGGUGAUCACACAUACGGGACCUCUAGAGGUCAUUACAUGUACAUCGAGACCUCUGCUCCCCGAAUUCAGGGCGACAACGCCCGACUUGUGUCUGGCCCCUACACCCCAUCUGGUGCAAACCAAUGUCUAGAAUUCUACUACCAUAUGUACGGAUCCUCCACUGGCAUGUUCCGUGUCUACUUCAAAUCCAACAACAAUCUGGGAAAUGCUGUGUUCACAAAGCAAGGUAGCCAAGGCAACCGAUGGAUUCGAGGUCAAGUGUCCAUUCAAGCAAACACAGCGACGUUCAACGCUGUGUUUGAGGCUGUCAGAGGCAGCUCCUACAACGGCGACAUCGCUCUUGACGACAUAUCUGUGAAAGCAGGGACAUGUGCACAGAAGCCAGGAAAUUGCGACUUUGAAAUCGACAAGUGUAGUUGGAGUAACAUGAAAACGGAUGACUUCGACUGGGUUGUCGGGAGUGGUACGACAACUAGCUCAUCAACUGGCCCGUCUAGCGACCACACAAAAGGCAAUAGUCAAGGAAAAUACCUGUUCAUUGAGACCUCUGCCCCAAGACGUCCAGGAGACAAGGCAUUCCUCCAGAGUGCCUCGUUCAUGCCCACCACGGGCCGAUGCAUGUCCUUCUACUAUCUCAUGUUCGGCGCGACAAUCGGGACACUCAACGUCCUCGUCCAACCACAGAACCAGAAUGCGACUGUGAUUUGGUCUCUCUCUCGACAACAGCUGGGUACAUGGCAACAGGGGGUUGUACCUAUACCUCAACAAGGAGGCAACUACCAGUUGCUGAUUGAAGGGAUCCGCGGCCCCGGCUACACUGGCGACAUCGCCAUCGACGACAUAACCUUCUCAACACAGAACCCUUGCCCUCUGACACCAACGAAGGCUUUGGCAACAACACCAAUGCCGCCCAUAACGACCACAGUUGCUCUUGGAACUGCACCAGGUGGUUUCAACUGCAACUUUGACUCCAAUGCCUGUAGCUGGACACAAGACAAGACUGACGACUUCGACUGGACCAGAAAACAAGGUGGAACAUCCAGCUCUGGAACCGGGCCAAGCUCCGACCAUACAGCCAAAAAUGGCUACUACAUGUACAUCGAGACGUCAUCACCACGACGACCUGGCCAGAAAGCUCGCCUAAUCAGCCCGCCAAUCAUCGGUAAUACACGGAUGUGCCUAGUGUUCUUCUACCACAUGUUUGGCCCCCACAUCAACACGCUCAAUGUGUACUUCUCCAGGAAUGGUACUCUUGGGACCCCCGUGUGGACUAAACAACACACACAGGGCAACGCCUGGAAGAGGGGGACGGUGCAGAUAGCAGGGGGAAGCACAACCGCUUCCGUCACUAAUAUCGUAUUUGAGGGCUUGCGAGGAAUAAGUUACUUGGGAGAUAUUGCAAUCGAUGAUGUCAGUCUCGUCCCAGGUUCCUGUUAUCAAGCAACUGUUGCCCCGAGUCAAGGGAGCAUUCCUGCCUCGCCUAUCGACUGUAACUUCGAGUCCUCCAGCAUGUGUAAAUACUACCAGGACGAAACGGACACCUUCGAGUGGACGAGAAGGUCCUCAGGCACAUCAUCUUAUGGAACUGGACCGAGCAGUGACCACACAUACGGAACACGACUAGGUUCCUACAUGUACGUCGAGAGUUCCGCCCCUCGUCGCUAUGGUGACACUGCACGUUUGUGGAGUCCUACAUUCUCUGCCAAAAAUGGCCGAUGUCUCACAUUCUGGUAUCACAUGUAUGGCGCAACCAUGGGAACACUAUCAGUGUAUGCUGCCCAAAACACCACCAGGGUUAUCCUUGGUUCACCUAUCUGGCACCUCUCUGGUAAUCAAGGCAACAUUUGGAAACAAGAAUAUGUGCAACUUCCGAAUUACAAUUUGAUGCACGCUGUUUUUGAAGGGCGCAUUGGCAGAAGCUACACUUCAGAUGCAGCCAUUGAUGAUGUCAAACUUCUCCAGUCCUGUCCAACACCAGGCGAUUGUAACUUUGAAAGUGGUACUUGCGGAUGGUCCAAUUCUCGCACUGACCAGUUUGAUUGGGUGAGAUUGACAGGAAACGUUAACAAAUAUGGAACCCACCCCAACAAGGGAGACCACACCUUCGGCACAUCCAAAAACGGUUCCUACAUGUACAUUGGAGAUGGUAGAAGCGUUGCCGCCAAGGCCACGGCUGACUUUGUGUCCCAAUCCAUGAGUCCUACUGGAAACACAGGGCGAUGCAUCGUUUUCUGGUUCAUGCAGACUGGCACGUCUUUCGGUUCCAUCACCAUGUACAUAGUGCAGAACUCAACCCGGGUUCCUAUCUGGUAUAUGGACGGGGCUCAAGGAACCAGUGCCUCGGCAUGGGUGUACGGGCAGGCUACCUUCACCAGCACUAAACCUUACACUGUUGUUUUCUCUGUCGUACGUCUUGGAGGCGCCCACGGCUACAUCACUCUCGACGACAUUACCUUCAGACCAGGACAAUGUGCAUUCCUGCCUGCACGGGCAGCAACCGGAUCAUCAGUUGCUCCACAGGCCAUGCUCUCGACGACACCAACACCGCUAACUGCAGCUCCAUCUCCCUAUGACUGUAACUUUGAGACAGGCCUAUGCAGCUGGAAACAAGCAAAGGAUGACCAGUUUGACUGGACUCGAAACAAAGGCGGCACAUCGAGCGGGAACACAGGACCGUCCGUUGACCACACCAAAGGAACAGCCUCUGGGUACUACGUCUUCAUCGAGACAUCGACGCCUAGGGUGAAAAAUGACAAAGCCAGAUUGGUCAGUGCUGUUGUGAAGGACACAACCAUCAAAUGCCUCCACUUCUGGUACCAUAUGUACGGCCCCGAUGUCAACACCCUCAAUGUUUAUACAAUGUCUUCUGGAAAGCUUGGCAGCCCUGUGUGGACCAAACAUGGAACCGUUGGGAACAAGUGGAUGGAGAUUGAUAUCAACAUCACGCCCAAUUCCACUUACCAGAUCGUUUUUGAAGGUGUCCGUGGGACAAGCUACCAAGGAGACAUUGCCAUCGAUGACAUCAGUCUUACAAAUGGAUUGUGCGGGUCCCUCCACACAUGUGGAUUUGAAGAUCCAAAUAUCUGCAGUUAUCAACAGGAUCCACGUGACAACUUCGACUGGACACGUACUCAUGGACGAACAGCCUCCUUUGACACGGGACCCUCGAACGACCACACCUAUGGAACAAUCUCUGGUCACUACAUGUAUACCGAGGCCUCUGGCAAAAGCAAGGGACAAAACGCUAGACUUAUCUCCCCUGUUCAGAAGGCCACAAACGCUGCUUGUUUGACCUUCUGGUACCAUAUGUGGGGCAAAGCAACUGGUACCCUUAACGUCUAUGCUAAAGUCGGCGAUCAGUUCGGUGGAGCAAUAUGGACGCGGUCAGGCAACCAAGGCAACCUCUGGUUACAAGGGCGGGCGACUGUCAAAUCUCAAGGAAGCUGGGAGGCUGUGUUUGAGGCUGUCAUGGGCAGCGACUACACUGGUGACAUCGGUCUUGAUGAUGUCCUCAUCUUAGACGGAGCCUGUGGAGCCCCAGGAAACUGUAACUUUGAGAAGGGCAAGUGUAUGUGGAAGAACAUUGGAGGAGAUGACUUUGACUGGAUCUCUGGAUCAGGAAGAACUUCAAGUGCUUACACGGGACCAGUCUCUGACCAUACCACCGGCGGUGCCACAGGAACAUACAUGUUUAUCGAGACAUCUGCUCCUCGGGUACCAGGCGACAGGGCGUGGUUUCAGAGUCCUCUCCUGCCUCCCUUCACCACCACCCAAUGCAUGAGCUUCUGGUACAACAUGUAUGGACACUCGAUUGGACUUCUGAACGUGUAUAUUGACAACCAGGCCAACACCACUCACACCUGGGUGUGGGGGCAGAGUGGAAAUAAGGGUCAGGCUUGGCUUCAGGGACGGAUGCCACUGUCUGUUCAAAAAACUAGCUUCAUGAUACGGUUUGAAGGCGUGCGAGGCUCUGACUACUACGGAGAUAUAGCCAUAGAUGACAUUACAUUCACCACCUCAGCUUGUGGAUAUAUACCUUCAUCGGCAGACCCGUCAAAGAUUGCAUCGACCACUGUUCACUUGACAAGCCCAACACCCAGCACAUUUGUUUCACAGUCCAAGUAUGACUGUGACUUUGAGACUAACCUGUGCUCAUGGACCCAAGCCACAGAUGAUCAGUUUGACUGGACGAGAACACAGGGUCCAACCGGCAGCAGCAGUACCGGUCCAACUGUCGACCACACCAAAGGGACGAGAAAUGGCUGGUACAUGUACAUUGAAACAUCAGCGCCUCGUAUCGAGAAUGACACAGCACGGCUCGUCUCUGCCCAGCUGACAACCAAUCAGGCCUACUGUCUCCAGUUCUGGCACCACAUGUACGGGCCGAACAUCAACAGACUUACUGUCUACCUACGGCAUGGAUCAACCCUUGGUAAUCCGAUAUGGUCCAAAAUGAAGUCCCAAGGCAACAAAUGGAUCUUUGGACAAAUACAGAUUGCAAAACAAACAUCAUCAGUCAACAUCGUGUUCGAGGGAAUCCGAGGCCCCAGCUAUGCCGGUGAUAUUGGCCUAGAUGACAUCAAGGUCAUCGCGGGCACGUGUCCCUCUAAAGACGGACUCAGCUGCACAUUUGAGCCUGCAGACCUGUGUGGAUGGACACAGGACAAAACGGACACCUUUGAUUGGUCACAGCAAGGUGGAAGGACAGGAUCAUUUGGCACAGGUCCAAGCAGUGAUCAUACACUCGGAACGAUUACUGGCAAGUACAUGUACAUUGAGACGAGUGCUCCACAGAAACAAGGCGACUAUGCACGCCUUAUUAGCCCGACGGUCAACACACUGGCACCCCAGUGCAUGUCAUUCUACUACAACAUGUAUGGUAAGAACAUAGGCAUGCUCCAAAUCUACAUCAAGACUACAGGCAACCUGACGUCCCCAAUCUGGUACAAGACACUGAACCAGGGCAACUCGUGGAUCCCGGGACAAGUCACAAUAAGUGGUCAACAACCCUACCAGGUUGUGUUUCAAGGCGUCGUUGGAAAUGGCUAUGAAGGAGACAUUGCAAUCGACGACGUCAGUGUAGCAGUGGGCGCUUGCCAGAUGCCAGGGAACUGUGACUUUGAACGUGGGCUCUGUACCUGGCGAAAUCUUCAUGGUGUAGACAAAUUUGACUGGAUCAUCGGUAUUGGGUCAACAUCAAGUCAAUACACUGGACCAAGCUUUGACCACACCGUAGGAACAUCUGCAGGGCAUUACGCCUUCAUCGAGUCGUCAGGCCGGACUGCGGGCGACUCUGCAAUGCUGAUGGGCCGCCUGUUCAAGCCAACGAAUGGGAUGUGUAUGAGUUUUUGGUUCCACAUGUACGGUGCCGACUCUGGCACACUGAACGUCAACCUCAAGGGCCCCAACACCACGACAACUAUCUGGACACUGUCAGGUGACAGAGGCGAUGUCUGGACACAGGGUCGGGUCAAGAUCUUUAACAAGAACCCCUUUAAUAUGAUAUUCCAAGCAAUAAGAGGAAAAGGAUACAAGAGCGAUAUCGCCAUUGAUGAUGUCGUAUUCACAGAUGCCUCUUGUCAAAUCCUUCCAUUCGAAGCCAACCCUGCCGGUCCUACACUGUCUCCGAUACCAACGUCGUCAUCAGCACCGUCCACUACGCCGGUUCCAUCCCCUUAUGACUGUAACUUUGAGACGGGCUACUGCAAGUGGACACAGGCCAAGGAUGACCAGUUUAACUGGACCCGAGCUCGUGGCCCUACCGUCACUCAGGGGACUGGGCCCUCUAGUGACCACACUACAGGAAAUGGAAACGGAUAUUACAUCUUCAUCGAGACUUCAUAUCCGCGAAAGCCAAACGACACAGCCCGUCUGUUGUCCCCAAGUCUGUCAAGCACAUCUGGCUCAUGUCUGCGCCUGUGGUACCACAUGUACGGCCCUCACAUCAACAGACUCAGCGUCUACACCGUCGUCGCCACCAAAAGAACGCAGAUAUGGACCAGAGCAGGAACUCAGGGCAACAGUUGGAAACAGGCUGUCAUUGACAUUACAAGUCCACAGACAUUCCAGAUUGCCGUUGAAGGGAUGCGUGGUCUAAGUUUCCAAGGCGACAUAGCUGUUGAUGACAUUAACUUCUCCAACCACCCAUGUCCUUCAUCAACAAUUGCCGACUGUGAUUUCGAGGACAUCCACCUGUGUGGCUUUCAUCAGACCAGGACAGGCGACAAGUUUGAUUGGACUUGGACAACACAGAGGACCUCUAGCGUCAAUACUGGACCCAACGCUGAUCACACAUACGGAACCAACAGAGGUCAUUAUCUGUACACGGAGGCCAGCUCUCCUCGUCGGAGGGGUGACAACGCCUUACUAAUAAGUCCAAUCUACCCGCCGAGCUCCGGCGAGUGUCUUCAGUUCUAUUAUCACAUGUACGGUUCAACAAUGGGCUCAAUGAAUGUGUACAGACAGCCGGCUUCUGGUCCAAGGGUAAAGAUCUGGAGCAAAUCUGGUAACCAAGGCAACACGUGGCAGAUCUCCCAAGUAUCCCUGACAAGCACCACCAAUUUUACCAUAAUAUUUGAAGGCAUCAUUGGCAGUAGCUACUACAGCGACAUGGCCAUCGACGACGUCAGUAUCAAAAACGGUCGCUGCGCCCUACCAGGAAACUGCGACUUUGACAACGGCUGGUGUACAUGGAUAAACGUAAAAUCUGGAGACAAAUUUGACUGGCUGCUUUUGAAAGGUCACACAACAAGUUCAUAUACGGGACCAAGCUUCGAUCACACAACGCAAAGUGCCAAUGGUCAGUACGCCUAUAUCGAAUCAUCCAGCCCCCGUCGUCCAGGUGAUAAUGCGCUCCUUGAGAGUCAGGUCUUCCCUUCCACUGCUCUCCGGUGCUUCAAGUUCUGGUACCACAUGCUAGGCAGUGGAAUUGGGACCCUCAAUGUGUACAAAGUGUCAGGGAACAACAAGGUCUUGAUGUGGUCACUCAGCGGAAACCAAAAAGAUUUCUGGCACUUCGGGCAGUUUGGAAUCAAAAGCCCAACUGGCACAUACAAGAUUCAACUCGAGGGCAUUGUUGGGAGCAGCUACACAGGCGACAUUGCUGUCGACGACGUCAGCUUCACUAACGACAACUGUGCCAUUCAACCAACUACAGCCAACCCCAGCUUGCAGUCGACAACGUCCACAGUGCCACCUAGUCCAACAUCACAUUUCUCAACACCCACACCCACUCAAUACGACUGCAACUUUGAAUCUGGCACAUGUAUGUGGACUCAGUCCAUGACUGACGACUUCAACUGGACCAGGUCCCAAGGUCCCACAGGGUCACUGGAAACUGGACCCACUAACGAUCACACCAAAGGCACUGGACAAGGAUGGUACAUGUUCAUCGAAACAUCAAGUCCAAGGAAGCCAAACGACACUGCCCUUCUUGUCAGUCCGGUGAUCCAGGCCGGGCCUACCAGAUGCAUCAGUUUCUGGUUCAGUAUGUAUGGCCCGGAUGUUAAUACGCUCAAUGUUUAUAUGAAACCAUCCACGGGAGGUUCAGGGAAGGGAACGCUCAUCUGGACUCGGUACGGAACUCAGGGCAAUCAGUGGAACCAUGCUGAUGUCACCGUCAUACCCAGUGGAAACUACCAGAUACUGUUUGAGGGUGUCAGAGGACUAAAUUUCAAGGGGGACAUUGCCAUCGAUGACAUCAGAGCUGCUAUGGGACCAUGCCAAUCAAUAGCCUCAAGCCACUCAUGCAACUUCGAAUCAGCAACUGUGUGUGGCUACACUCGGGACAAGACAGACGUGUUUGACUGGACCUGGCAACAUGGGUCUACCUCCAGCUCCGGGACAGGUCCCACGACAGACCACACGACUGGCACACAUUAUGGACACUACGUCUACAUCGAAACCUCUGCACCGCGACGUCCCAACGACACAGCACGUCUGAUCAGCCCCACCUACACAUCUACCAACGGUCAGCCACGCUGCGUGCAGUUCUUCUACCAUAUGUACGGAAGCAAUAUCGGCACCUUUAAUGUGUAUAGUAUUCCGGAAAAUAACCCAACCAACAACUUAACUAAUCCAUCAUGGACUAGGUCGUAUAAUCAAGGCAACAGAUGGUUGAAGGCAUUGGUUCCUGUCUACACGCCUGGAAAUUUCAAGGUCGUCUUUGAAGGCAUAGUUGGUACAAGCUUCCUGGGUGACAUUGCCCUGGACGAUGUUUUGGUUGGUCAGGGAGCAUGCCCUAAAUCAGGAUUCUGCGACUUCGAGCAAGACAUGUGCACUUGGUCCAACACUCGUUAUAACGACAAUUUUGAUUGGAUGCGGUCAAAGGGUAGGACAACUAGCAGUAUGACCGGUCCCAGCGUUGACCACACUCUUAGCAGUGGCGCCGGUUACUACAUGUUCAUGGAGGCCAGUUCACCUCGACUUCCUGGAGACCGGGCGCGUCUCAUGAGCCAGACCUAUCCUCCGGUCACUGGCGGCGCGUGUAUGCAGUUUUGGUAUCACAUGUACGGCUCGGACAUUGGCACGCUCAGAGUGAAAGUGUUGGUCAACAGCAGUCACGACUCAACAAGCACCGAGGCGACUUUGUGGGAGGUGAGCGGCGACUCUGGCGAUCAAUGGAACAACGGACAAGUGAACAUCUCCAAGAUCUACACCAGUAAACCCUAUCAGAUAAUCAUCGAGGGAGUAAGAGGGAAAGGUUACCAUGGCGACAUUGGCUUGGAUGAUAUCAGCGUUACCAAAUCCCCAUGCCAGACUGUGCCGAGCUAUGCACCACCAUCAAGCCAAGUCUCAGGCAGUGCAAUGUGCGGCUUUGACUCAAACAACAUCUGCAGCUGGACCCAGAGUUUAGCGGACAACUUCAACUGGACACUCAACUCUGGACAUACACCAUCUUCAGGCACUGGACCUAUCGGCGACCAUUCUGGAAUGGGGUCUUACCUUUACCUGGAGUCAUCCUACCCAAGGAAGCCUGGCGACAAGGCUGUGCUGGUGUCCCCAGUGUUGCCCCCAACUGGCACCACCUACUACUGCUUUAAUUUCUGGUACCACAUGUAUGGACCAAACAUCGGCGCCCUCAAUAUUCGGAUCUUUAUUGAAGGAACAGUGGCGAAUGGAGUCUUCGGUGACAUCGCUAUUGAUGAUCUCAGCAUGGCUGCCAACGCCUGCCCUGGAACAAAACUGUGCGACUUUGAGAUUGACACCUGCGGCUAUACACAAGAUAAAACGGACAACUUUGAUUGGCUGAGACAUUCACAGGGAACGACGAGUUUUGCAACAGGGCCGAGCGUAGAUCACACGGAAGGAACAGCUGGUGGUUACUACAUGUAUAUUGAGGCCUCAGCUCCACGCUUACCACACGACAAGGCAAGAAUGGUCUCCCCAGCAUACCAGCAGACAUCCGCAGAGUGCCUGCAGUUCUACUACCAUAUGCACGGCAACACCAUGGGCAGCCUCAACGUCUACGUCUCUGUCAACGGCAACAGGGGCAGCCCCGUGUGGACACGGAGUGGUGAACAGGGAAACAAGUGGAUUCUUGGAGAAGUGACCGUCAAGGCAUCCACUAAAUAUCAGGUGGUGUUCGAAGGUGUUCGAGGAAGCAGCUACUACAGCGACAUUGGUCUCGACGACAUCUACAUCGACAAUGCGGCAUGUCCGACGCCUGGCUCUUGUGACUUUGAAACUGGACUCUGUGCCUUUACAAAUAUUCAAGGGGAUGAUUUUGAUUGGACACGUGCUAAGGGUGCUACCCAAUCGUAUUAUACCGGUCCUUCCACUGACCACACCACACACUCUGUGAAUGGCUACUACAUGUUCAUUGAAUCCAGUUCCCCAAUGGUGACGGGUGAAAAGGCGUGGCUUCUUAGUGAGAAGUUGCCAGCUACAACAGGCUCUUGUCUCACUUUCUACUACAACAUGAACGGAGCAGGUAUGGGAACUUUAUCCGUGUACCAACUGGGCACGUUGUCAAACAAGACCAUCUUCAGUGUCACUGGGAACAAAGGCAAUGUCUGGCUGCAAGAUCGGGUAACUCUCACCUCAAACACUCCCUAUCGGUUCAUGUUUGAGGGCAAAAAGGGAGUAAACUACACAAGCGACAUGGCCAUUGACGACGUCAGCCUGCUAGUCGGAAAUUGUGCCUCUCAGACGACACCAGGACCCUCGACAGUCCAGCCUGUGUCCACCACAGCUCCACUUUACAGCUGCGACUUCGAGCAUGGCUCUUGUGGAUGGUCGCAAAGUUACACUGACUCAUUCGACUGGACGCUCCACCAAGGCUCCACCGGAAGUGUAGGAACUGGACCAAGCUUUGACCACACAACGAUGAGCACACAAGGCCACUACAUCUACAUCGAAGCGUCGGGGAAGCAGCCAAACGCAUCAGCCGCCUUUGUAAGCCCAACGUUCACAACAACAGGUCCGACGUGCGUCACGUUCUGGUACCACAUGUACGGUUACCAUGUCAACCGUCUUGGAGUCUAUCUGCAGAGCACCGGCAAGUUUCAACAACAGUGGACCAAAAUCGGUACCCAGGGAAAUCAGUGGAAAUAUGCUGAGGUGGAAAUAGGAGCAGUCAUUAAUACCCAGGUUGUGUUUCAAGCCCUGCGUGGUAUCGGCUACCAAGGAGAUAUUGCCUUAGAUGACCUCAAGAUUCUCAACGGAGCCUGUCCUGCGCCAUCAUACUGUGACUUCGAAGACAUUAAACUGUGCGGCUACACCCUGACCAGCACUGAUUGGUCAAGAACACAAGGGACUGGACCAGUCAAAGACCACACAUAUGGAACAAGCCAAGGGCAUUAUAUGUAUAUCUCCCCCAAUCCUGCCACAAUGAAAGUAACGAAGGCCCAGAUGUACAGCAAGCAGUACCCUCCACCACCCAAUGGCCAGUGCGUCUCAUUCUGGUAUAUCAUGAGUGGUCGUAAUGGCGGUACCUUCAACCUGUACGCCAAGCAGGAGAGCGACAAGACCCUGGCCAAGCCCAAGUGGAGUCUGUACGGAGACCAGGGCAACAGGUGGAAGCUUGCUAGGAUUGAUGUCACUGCACAAGAGAAAUACCAGCUCGUGUUUGAGGCAAUUCAGGGCAGUGGCACAGGAACUUUCAUUGCCCUUGACGACAUCAGCGUGUCCAGCGCUUCCUGCGCCUCCGUUGCCUCCUGCGACUUCGAAAACAGUUUUUGCAGCUGGAUGCAGUCCAAGUCAGAUGAUUUUGACUGGACAAGGCGUCGGGGGAGCACACCGUCCUCCUUUACCGGACCCAUGACUGACCACACACUCGGAAGUAGCACAGGUUACUACGCCUUUAUUGAAUCCAGUUCCCCAAACAAGGCAGGCGACAUCGCCACCCUCCAGUCCCAGAUCAUCCCAAUGAACAGUGCAGUGCCUAACUAUUGUCUCAGCUUCUGGUACGACAUGAACGGUGCCUCCAUCGGCAGCCUCAACGUCUCCCUCCAGUACCCUCAGUCUCAGCCUCAGAUGAUCUGGUCGCUUAGUGGUGCCCAAGGCAACAAGUGGCAACAAGCUUUUGCCAGGAUAGACAACCCAUAUGACAACUUCGAGUUGUAUAUUUCUGCAUCUGUGGGCUCCAGCUAUACGGGAGACAUCGCCAUUGACGACCUUAACCUUAUCACCGACUCCUGUGACAGCGCUCAAAAAGGGGCAAAUGGCACCUUCUUCUGCCAGGACACCGCCAACACAAGCGUCCCUCUGUCGAACGUUUGCAAUUUCAUCCGUGACUGUCCAAACGGAAACGACGAAUUACAGUGUGGUGACUGUGGAUUUGAGGGCACUUACUGCACUUGGACAGAUGAUAGUCAAGGAAGCUUCCAAUGGACCCUGGGACAAAAUGAAACCAGGACGUCAAACACUGGUCCCAGCUUUGACCACACCUAUAACAGCCCUAAAGGCACGUACCUGUAUGUUGACGCAAGCUACGGCACAAGGAGCAGUGUAGCAGAGUUGGUUGGCCCCAAGCUGGGUGCCUCCAGUUCCACCUGUCAGAUGUCCUUCUGGUACUUCAUGUAUGGAGCAGGUAUUGGCACACUGAAUGUGGCAGCCCGGGCAGACAACAGAGACACCGUACUGUGGGAGAGACACGGGAACCAGGCUAAAAAGUGGCUCAAUGGAAUAAUUGACAUCGGAAGGAUAUCUACCUCAUUCAACAUCGUCAUCCAAGGCAGCAGAACAUUCAGUGUGCUGGGCGACAUCGCUAUCGACGACGUCCAAUUCAUCAACUGCAACUUCCCUCCUGUUCAACCAACCUGUAGCGGAAGUCAGUUCAGAUGCAAGAGGGGUGCAUGUGUACCAAACUCCGACCGCUGCGACUUCUCUGACGACUGCGGAGACGGUAGUGACGAAACCCAAUGUACAAGCUACCCGGCACGGUGUGACUUUGAAACCAGCCUCUGCAGCUGGACACAGGAUAAGGGAGACAACUUCGACUGGACGAGAUCCAACGGUCAGACAAGCUCAGUUGAAACCGGACCAUCACGUGACCACACCAGAGGAACAUCUCUUGGUUACUAUCUAUUCAUUGAGACGUCAAGCCCACGUAAGCAAGGAGACAGGGCCCGUCUUGUUAGUCCGACCUUCAACCCAACCAUGAGCAGGAAACGAGCAGCGACAACGUGCACGCUCCGGCUCUACUACCACAUGUACGGCAGAUCCAUUGGGGCUCUGACUGUCUACAGUCGAACAUCAACAAACGGAGCUUUACAGAAGAUCUGGACCAAAACCGGAAAUGUUGGAGAUUUCUUUGAGAGAGCAGACAUCCAAAUUUACGCUGCACAAACAUUCCAAAUUGUCAUUGAAGGUGUCGUUGGCAAUGGCUACACAGGCGAUAUCGGCAUUGACGACUUGUCAGUAACACCCGGAUGUGUACCGAGUUCAUCGGUUCUUCCAACUGGCUCGCCAACCCCUCCGACCACGCCGAACCCAUGUGGUUUUAACCAAUCAAAAUGUGACAACGGCCAGUGCAUCCCAGCAUCUCAAGUGUGUGACUUCAUCGUUCAGUGUCUGGACAAAUCUGACGAGAAGAGCUGCGGUACCUGCACCUUUGAGAAUGGCCAAUGUGGCUGGAUGGACAUCAGCACCGGUACCUACAAGUGGAGCUCAUACCAAGGAGUUGCUGGCACAGUCGGCCCCAGCGUCGACCACACCGACAACAACCAAACCGGCCACUACAUGGUGCUUGGACAAGGGUCAGGGGUCUACAAGAGCCGCGGUCAACUGGCCAGUCCUAUCUUUGGGGCAACUGGACCCAGCUGCCGGAUGAGCUUCUACCACCAUAUAUUCGGAAUGAGCGCAGGCAACCUGCGUGUGCUGCUGCAACAUAGCACACAUCCUAAUGACGUCGUCACUCUGUGGAGCCACACUGGUAACCAAGGCAACAGCUGGAUAACAGACACAGUUGACAUUGGGCAAAUCAAUGCUGGCUACAGGGUUGUGUUCGAUGGUCUGCCUUCACCAGGCUACGGAAAAUACGAUGUCGCCAUUGAUGAUGUCACAUUCCUGGACUGCCAGACGGGAGUAGUGUACAACGAUACAAGCAUGAACUGUACCUUCGAAACCGGAUACUGCGGAUUCUUCCAGGAGUCACUGGACAACUUCGACUGGACCAGAACCAAUCGAUCAACACCAUCAUCGGGAACUGGUCCUGAUCGGGACCACACCACCGGACACGGAUUCUACAUCUACAUCGAAACAUCUUCUCCACGACGAUAUGGCGAGAAAGCACAACUCACUUCUGGUGUCCAGAAAGCAACUGACCAAACUGGCGCCUGUCUGACGUUCUGGUAUCACAUGUUUGGACCCUAUGUUAGCACCCUGAAUGUGUACAUGAGAACAGGAGGUUCCACUGUCAACAACUCGGUCAUCUGGACCCGUUCCAAGUCCGUAGGGAAUGUGUGGACGCAGGCACAGAGAUGGAUUACCAGCACUCAACCGUAUCAGGUUAUGUUUGAGGGUACCGUUGGCCAAAGUUAUCUGGGAGAUAUCGCACUUGAUGAUAUAUCACUCAUGCCAGGACCGUGCCCUGCUUCAUAUGUAUGUGACUUUGAGGUCGACACCUGCGGUUACACGCAAGACACAAAUGAUAACUUCGACUGGACUAGAUGGAGAAAUGGUACCACUUCGCUUAAUACUGGGCCCAGCUACGACCACACUACCGACAGCGGCUUAGGAUACUACAUGUACAUUGAGUCAUCGACACCGAGGGUUGGGGGAGACACAGCACGAUUGACCAGUCCAUCAUACCCAGCAGUCACGGCGCCGAAAUGUGUCAAGUUCUGGUACCACAUGUACGGGAAUCAGGUCGGCCAGUUGAACGUGUACGUCAAGUCUCAAGGAGUGAUGGGGACGGCGGCUUGGUCCAAAUCCUUCAACCAACUGAACCAGUGGCAUCAUGGAACAGCUGAUGUAAACAAACAGACCUCAUGGCAGAUUGUGUUCGAAGGCGUUAUAGGAUCUGGUUACCACGGCGACAUUGCAAUUGAUGACAUCCGUAUCGUUGACGGCAAAUGUCCUGUACCCGGAAGUUGCACAUUCGAAUAUGACACGUGUGGUUACAGCGAUGGACACAACAACGGCGACCAGUUUGACUGGUUGAGGAGCUCAGGAGGGACACUUUCGGUUGGAACAGGACCCAGCGUCGACCACACAUCAAACUCAGACCAAGGAUACUACAUGUACAUUGAAGCCAGUGGACGUAACAAGAACGACAGAGCCUGGCUGUACAGCGAAUACCUCCUCCCGACAUCAUCUUCCUGCCUCUCCUUCUGGUAUUUCAUGUAUGGAACGGACGUGGGAGCACUGCGCGUCUAUCAGGCAAAUCCCUCCAAGAGCACGCUCAUCUGGUCUAUGAAUGGAAACCAGGGACAGCAGUGGAUCAACGCCAGGCUCCACAUCAACAGCACCGUCAGCUACCAAGUCAUCUUUGAUGGCGAAAUUGGGACGGGUUAUCAUGGAGAUAUAUCUAUUGACGACAUCGCCAUAACACUUGGUCUCUGCAACGCAACCACCGCGACCACCCCAACUGCAGCCAUCACCACCGUGACCUAUGCCCCAACUGUUGUUGACUGCAACUUUGACAGCGACAACAUCUGUCAUUGGCAUCAAGACACCACCGACGACUUUGACUGGACCUUACAACAGAAUUCCACAGGCUCUAUCAACACUGGACCAACAUUUGACCAUACCACACAAACAUCUAAGGGGUACUACAUCUACACAGAGGCUUCUGGUAAGAGGGGCAAUUAUACAGCUCGAAUCAUAAGCCCCAGCAUAACAGUCGACACAGUGGGGAAAUGUCUAAAGUUCUUCUUCCACAUGUACGGAGGACAAGUGGGGCGUCUCGAUGCAUACGCAAUGCAAGGGACAACACUCGGCAAGCCAAUUUUCACCAGAAUCGGUGACCAAAACAAUCGGUGGAACUACGGUGAUAUUUACCUGACCCCUCAAACCCUAUCCACCCCGCAGACAGGAUCCACUGUCAUACAGCUUGCGUUUGAAGGUAAAAUCGGGACAGGUUACCAAGGAGACAUUGCUCUUGACGACAUCUCGCUCAACGAUGGACCAUGCCCACCUGACCAAGUAUGUGACUUUGAAUCCCCCGACAUCUGUAGUUAUCGCCAAGAUCAAACAGACAAUUUCGAUUGGACACGAGCACAUGGAUCGACUUCGUCGUCUGGCACGGGUCCACCUAACGACCAUACAUAUGGAACUUUCAAUGGUUACUACAUGUACAUUGAGGCUUCGGCUCCGCGGAAACAAGGUGACAAAGCUCGUCUGAUUGGCCCUCAUUUCAACAAAAUUAGUGGACAGUGUCUUCAGUUUUACUAUCACAUGAAUGGAGUUACCAUGGGAACGCUGAAUGUGUAUUUCAAGAAACAGGGCAGUCUUGGACACGCAGUCUGGUCGAGGUCCGGUAACCAAGCUACCGAUUGGCUCCCAGCUCAGAUAAAUCUAAACAGCGACGUGCCAUUUAAUGUGAUCUUCGAGGGCAUAGUUGGGAGGUCCUACUACAGUGACAUAGCAAUCGAUGACAUCACAGUCAAGCCUCGACUCUGCCAGCCUUCAGGAGGUUGCGAUUUUGAAUUUGAUACCUGCUUAUGGACUAACGCCGUCGUUGGAGACGACUUUGAUUGGCUGAGAGGCAGUAAGAGCACAGGUUCAUUUGGCACGGGACCAACAACUGACCACACUCUUGGAUCAGCACAAGGUCACUACAUGUACAUUGAGUCAUCUAGUCCAAGAAAACAGGGAGACAGAGCGCGGUUGACGUCCGAGGUUCUGAAAAUGACCACUGGGGGGUGUCUGACAUUCUGGUACAGUAUGUAUGGAGCAGCCAUGGGAACUCUCAAUGUCUACCUUGACCCCUCUGUUGCAACACCAAAUGCACCUCUACAGAACCUUUGGCAUCGCACGGGCAACCAGGGCAUGCAAUGGGGCAAUGCAGCUGUGUCUGUUCAGUCCCCAGCUCAAUUCAGAAUCAUAUUCGAAGCUAUUGUCGGAACAAGCUACACUAGCGACAUCGCUAUUGAUGAUCUGAGAGUCACACCAGGACUAUGCUCAUCCAUCAGUGCACCAACUCAAUUCACCUGCAAAAAUGGACAGAAAAUCUCAGCAAGUAAAGUGUGUGACUUCAGCCAGGACUGUACUGACAACAGUGAUGAACUAGCCUGUGGCAACUGUACAUUUGAAUCAGGUCUCUGCUCGUGGAAUGAUGCAAGCAAGGGGUCCUUCAGAUGGCAGAUUGGUCAGAACAGCACCAUGACGUCCACAGGUGGGCCAAAUGUAGACCACACAAUGGGAACAAUUUAUGGACACUUUUUGUACGUUGACAGUGCCAAAGGAACUGCAAAUUCACAGGCAACAUUGACCAGUCCUACAAUGAGGCAGUCCUCAUCCACGUGUCAGAUGCGCUUCUAUUACAUGAACAGUGGAACCAGUUAUAACAAUGGACAGAUAACAAUAUCCAUUCAGCUUGGAUCAAGAACAACUGUCAUCUUAAGAGAAACUGCCAGAACAGGAAACGUGUGGACACUCGGAUAUGCAGACAUUGGCAGAAUAAGUGCAUCAUUCCAAGUACUUGUCGAAGCAACCAGAAGCUACUAUUCAAGAAGUGUAGUAUCUGUGGAUGAUAUUGCCUUCAUCAACUGUGCGCUCCCAGCGGUCCAAGUCAGCUGUAAUGCAACAACACAGUUCCAGUGUGCGAGUGGAGCUUGUGUGGACCUGUUCCGAAUUUGUGAUACUACCGAUGAUUGUGGAGAUAACAGUGAUGAAGCCAAAUCCCUCUGUCUCGGGGCAUCGACGUGCACCUUUGAACAGUCUUUCUGUCACUGGACACAGAGCACAAAGGAUAAUUUCAACUGGAUAAGACAAAGAGGACCAACAUCAUCAGGAAGCACUGGGCCAACGAGAGACCACACUACCAACAUGAAUUCUGGGUACUACAUCUAUAUUGAAUCUUCUGCUCCUCGCAGAACAGGUGACAAAGCACAACUUCUUAGCAGAGUGAUCCAACCUGCUUCAUCAUCGGAUCAUUGUUCCUUAACGUUUUACUACCACAUGUAUGGCGUGGGGACAGGGUCGCUGAACGUAUACAUGGUAACUCAGAGAGGAGGAUAUGUGCAGAAGAUGUGGAGCAAGACUGGAAACAGGGGCGACUUAUGGGCAAGAGCAACAGUUCCCCUUACAAACACCCAGAACUUCCAAAUAAUGAUAGAAGGAGUCCGUGGAACUACAUACACUGGUGAUAUAGCUGUUGAUGACACUGUAAUCAGUCCAAAUUGCAGGAUAACAGGUAUCACACUACCAACGGCAUUGUAUCCCGCGACAUCACCAACCACCACAGUCAAUCCCUGCAGUAGUGGAGGUCAUAAGUGUGGUGACGGAACUUGUGUGACUACAUCUAAGGUCUGUGACUACACUCCAGACUGCUCUGAUCGUUCUGAUGAAAGAAACUGUGGACCAUGCGACUUUGAAACUGACUCAUGUGGAUGGACAGACUUCAGCACAGGCAGGUUCAAUUGGACUAAGAGUACCAGUUCAGUCAUGGGUACAAAAGGCCCUGCAGCAGAUCACACUCUACGUUCAAACAAGGGUCACUAUAUGUUUGUGGAAGAUUCCAGAGGUGUAUUCUUUAGUUCCGCUGUCCUUCAGAGUCCUACAUUACCACCAGCAUCAAGAUACUGCCAAAUGUUCUUCUACUAUAAUAUGCGAGGACAAACGGCUGGAACUUUUGAGGCAGGAAUAGUUAUCAACGGUACUUACAAACGCCUUUACAGUAGAAGGUCGAGUCCAUACUAUUCGUCAACAGCAUGGUACCGAGGCACAGUGUACAUCGGAGCAUCAUUUAGAAACGCCAUACCAAAUAAUUACACAGUCCAAUUCAAGGUUCUGCCAUCUCAAGGCUUCACCUCUACAUCCACUUCUGAUAUUGCUAUUGAUGACGUUUCAUUCAACUAUUGUGACAGAAAAGUGUACCCACCAAACCUCGCUUGCAAUUUUGAAAAGGAUCUGUGUUCCUGGGCCCAGGCCCAAGAUGAUCAGACCAAGGUUUGA